GCUUUGAAGAUCACAGCUUUUGCAAGUUUUUAGGCAUGCUUUCGACCUAGCUUUGUAUCAGCAAUGCUCACAAGUCGCAGCAUGGGACGGAGCCUUUUCAGAGCUUUGACGACAGCACUGAGGAGUCUCCCGAAGCGCCGUGCUCCUUGUGUCCGCUUCUUUUCCGAUGCAGAGAUUGCAAUGCCCGAGGGCAGAAAGCAGGCAGACACUCGAAUCUAUCGGCCCAUGACCGAGACUGAACGAACCUACUUGAACCCCGCGCACUUCUUCAUGCUGCUCCGUGCCCACGGCACUUCCUUCUUUGCCGGCGUCCCCGACUCCCUGCUCAAGGACAUUUGUGCCUUCAUCACGGACAACGUGCCGGCCAAGCAACAUGUCAUCGCCGCCAACGAAGGCACCGCCUUGGCGAUGGCCGCAGGCCACCACCUGGCCACUGGGAAGAUCGCAUGUGUCUACUUGCAGAACUCGGGCCUUGGCAAUACCAUCAAUCCCUUGCUCUCGCUCUGUAGCCAGAAGGUGUACGCCAUUCCGGCUCUGCUCUUGAUUGGCUGGCGCGGGGAGCCAGGCAAGAAGGACGAGCCGCAGCAUUUGCUACAAGGAGCGUUGACUCCAACGAUGCUGCAGCAUAUGGGCGUGCCCUACGAGAUUCUUCCAGACUACGCUGAAGGCGCUUUCGAGGUGAUCACGAAAGCCUACGCGCACAUGGAAAAGGAGAAGGAGCCGUUUGCCCUCCUGGUCAAGAAGGAGACUUUCGAGACCUACAGGCUGGCGAUGCAAGCCGAAGUCUUCAGUGGCGAAGACAUGCUGCACAGAGAGGAGAUCUUGGAAGAGCUCAUCGAGUGUUUCCCAUCGUCUCCUUUGGUGACAACCACUGGCUUCACCUCGCGGGAGAUGUUUGAGCUCAGGGUGCAGAAAGGCCAAUCACACGGCCACGACUUUCUGACGGUGGGAAGCAUGGGCCACUGUUCGUCCAUCGCCUUGGGUGUGGCCUUGGCCAGACCGCAGGAGGUCCUGUGCAUCGACGGGGAUGGCGCUGGCUUGAUGCACAUGGGCGCCUUCGCCACCAUUGGCAAUUCCGGCCUUCGGAACUUCAAGCACGUGCUCAUCAACAACGCCGUUCAUGACUCUGUGGGUGGUCAACCCACAGGAUCUGUGAACAUCGAUUUUCCUGGCGUUGCGAGAGCUUGUGGCUACAAGGAGGCCAUGCGAGCACGAGGGGCCCACGAAGUGCGAGAAGCCCUACGGAAGCUCAAGGACACUCCGGGCCCCUGUUUCCUGGAGAUUCAAGCGCUGCCGGGCGCGCGAGCCGACCUGGGCAGGCCCACCACCUCAACACACGAAAAUAAGGAUGCCUUUAUGGACUUGCUGCGAGAGCCGGAGAAGUGAGGGCUUCGUACCGGCCGUUUUGGGAGUCCCAAGUUUUUGCUGGCGGGGCGCUCGAAGAUAGCACCUGUUUCCAGCCCCGGCGAAGUCGAUCCCCAGCCCGUGGUUGGGCCCACAACCUGCCCGCUGAGUCGCUUUCUUGGGUCAACGCCUGCGUUAAACGCAUCGCGAAUGGGAUCUGCUCCCCCAGAGAGGCGACAGUGUCGAGUCAGCACGGUGUGAGCAUUGGACGCGAUUACUGGGGCAUCGGCUUUAGUCUAUGUCCUAACGGUUUCUG